UCAUUAAUCUCAACUCAAUUUUUCUUGCCAUCUCAUAAACUUCGAAAUAAGUUUAGGUUUAGGGUAAUUUUUUUUCAUCUUCAACAUCUCCACUCAUAAAGAAAAUGUCUGGGUGUUCUAGUGUAUUAACUGGGUUGAGGAAAAAAUUUUAUUGUGGAAAGGCUGCUAGCAAUUUUGUUGCUUGGACUCCGUUGAAUGAUGGGAGACGAUUUUCCAAGUGUUCAAUGCCGGAGGAAAAAAAAUGUUCUUAUUGGGAAUGGGAGGAUGAUGAACUUUCUCCUAGAAUCAUAGAACUGAUCUGCAAGUUAAAAAAGGAUAAAGAUAGUCUUCGACAUGAAAAGAAUAUUUUGCGACGAAGGAUGGUCGAUCUUGAAAAUUAUGUGGCCGAAGGAAUUGAGAAGGUGAAAGAAAAUGAUGAUUUGAAGAAGAAAGUUGCAGAUCUUGAGAAUUUGCUGGCAGUUGAUGUUGGAUUGAUUCAAAAGUUGAAGGAUAAAGUGUUCAAGCAAUGGAUUGUCAUUGGGAUAUCAUGGUGUUGCUUUGUUGGUUUAAUCUCUAGUUGGAUAAUGUAAUGUGACUAUCAUGGUGCUGCUUUGAACUAUUUGAAUUGUAAUGUUUUGAACUUAUGUUGGGAAUACAGUUGUAAUGUUUUGAUCAA